CCGCAUUACUAGGAGAAAUUAGAUUUGAGCAUUUUUCAAUAUACAAUAAACACAACGAAGAGCAGUAUGACCAAGAUUUGUCUGACAUUUUGGUUUGUCCUCAUCCUUCUUGUCUCAGGUGGAAGAAUAAUGUCGGUUAAGAAAGCGGGAGCUGACAAAACUUGUGGCAACCAAUUGUACGGUACAGGAUGCACGCCGGACGAUUGCUACCAGAAAUGUGUGGACUACGGCGGCGCCGGCCAUAUCGGGAUAUGCAUCCCCCAGCAAGAUUCCUCCGACUUUCCUUGUUUUUGCCUUUAUCAGUGUUGAUUUUCAUUCAGAUUGGGGGAUUAUUGUUACUAGCUAGGGCUGGUUAUUUGGUCCAGGUUUUUUGGUUUUACCCGAAAUCGUAUAAUUUGGAUCGAGAUCGGAUCGGGAUCAAAUAGUAACCAAUCUAAUCUUUGAGCUUAGAUUUGAGAUAAAAAAUCAUUCGGGACCGGAUCAAAAACUGGAUAAGAGAGCUCAACACACAAAACUUAAGGGUAAUUUCCAUAAGCGGUCACAAACCUUUGCACUUAGUACAAAACUUAAUCAACUCCUCACACUUUCAGACCUUAGGCAACUCAAAUCCCCACAAGCUCAAUAUAAAAUCAAGAUCGAAUU